AUGAUCUGCGUGCGGCCGGCCGCGGAGGGGGGCGUGAGCAAGCUCGCCAGCGCGGCGGAGAUUUACGCACGCCUGCAGGAGAAGCCAUCCUUGCUCAGGCUGGUAGAGCGGGGGUUCAAGUACGAUGCCAAGUCCGUGGAGUACCAUCCGAGCUGGCGGCGGCUGCCUCCUUCCGAUGAGACGGAGCGGCCUAUGGCCUACAAGGAUGCAAACGGGCGCCCCUGCAUCCAGUAUGCCAAGAACAUGGUCGAAACCAUUAUGGCGGUCUACCGAGGGACAGAAGAAGAGGAUCAGGUGCGCUCAGCACUGGCAGAGCUGGAGGAGGUCUGCAGCGAUCCCUCUGUGGUUCAGCAUUGGGACCUCACCACUGGUGAGGCCUAUCUUGUGCCUGGGCAUGAUUACCUACAUCCAGCUCAUAUAGGGGCCUUAAUAAUUAGAACAGGGUUUUGGGGCCCACUAUACUACAAUUAG